AACACUGCGUACCCCUUUUCCACUGUCAGAAAAUAACUACAACUCCCAUGUGCCCGCGCGGCAAGGAAGCGAUUCAAUCUGGGAUUCAGACGUGUUCAACUGAGACCGGAGUUUGUGUUGAAGCAGAGGACCUCCUAUCAAACACAAAUCGCUGCUUAUUGGCAAAUAUGCGCCGAUCAGAAAUCCGCUUUGUAAAGUGACUGUGUUUGCGCCGCGUUUCUGUCGCCAGUGAACCAACAUGGGAACUGCUUUUGCCAUUGUUCUGGUUUUUGUCGGAUGCUGUAGCAAUGUGGUGUCUCUGGAGCUGCUCGUGAGGGAGUUUCCAGGAUGUGGCAACAUCGUCACUUUCGCUCAGUUUUUGUUCAUCGCGUUGGAAGGUUUCAUCUUUGAAGCAAACUUUGGGAGGAAGAAACCGGCGAUCCCUGUGAGUAAUUAUGUGAUCAUGGUGACCAUGUUCUUCACAGUCAGCGUGAUCAACAACUACGCUCUCAACUUCAACAUCGCCAUGCCGUUACACAUGAUCUUCAGAUCGGGGUCGCUAAUCGCCAACAUGAUCCUGGGAAUAAUCAUCCUGAAGAAAAGGUAUUCAGCGAGUAAAUAUCUAUCGAUCGCUUUAGUUUCAGCCGGUAUCUUCAUCUGCACCAUCAUGUCUGCCAAACAAGUGAAUGUGGCCAGUGAGGGAUCGGAGGAGCAGGGCUUUUAUGUCUUCAUGCGCUGGCUUUUAGGUAUCGGCAUGUUGACCUUUGCUCUGCUGAUGUCUGCGAGGAUGGGCAUAUUCCAGGAGACGCUUUACAAGCAGUACGGAAAACACUCCAAGGAAGCCCUCUUCUAUAAUCACUGCCUGCCUCUGCCGGGCUUCCUGCUUCUCUCCACAGACAUCUACAACCACUGUGUCUACUUCAGUCAGAGCACUCCUACAGUGGUCCCUGUGGUUGGACUGACGGUGCCGAUAAUGUGGCUCUACCUGCUGAUCAACGUCGUCACACAAUAUGUGUGCAUCCGUGGUGUUUUCAUCCUGACCACAGAGUGCGCCUCGCUGACCGUCACUCUGGUGGUGACCCUGAGAAAGUUCCUCAGCCUCAUCUUCUCCAUCAUGUACUUCCAAAACCCCUUCACUACGUGGCACUGGGUGGGCACGGCGGUGGUCUUCCUGGGAACUCUGCUGUACACUGAGGUAUUAAGCAGUGUGCUGGCGGCUCUGCGUGGACCUGAUGUGAAGGAGAAGAAGGCAGAGUGAAGGCGAGGAAGAAGGCGGAGAAGGGACAGGUGGUCGGGUAGAAAAACAACCACUGUGUUGGACUCUGAGAUUGUUUUUGGUCGACUAUCCUGCGGCGAUUUUAUACUGUAAUUUCAUUUUGUUUAGGUUGUGGUAAUUCCAUUACACACACGGUUAACAGCAUAAGGCUGGUGAUAUUCUAUGUUUACAUUAUUGUCAACAAUUACCAGAGGAAAACCGAGAAGCAGCUAUGAUUUAGUCUGUAUCUAAAACAGCAGACAGAAACAGAAGCUAGCUGAUAAACGUAACAUUAACUAACUGAAGAGUCAUAUUCUUAUGUUAAGAGUUGGUAGAGACCAAAAACAGAGCUUAAAUUCAUCAUAAACAUGACGUUUGAUGAAUUAUUGUGUCACUCCACAUCUGGGCGUGUAAAUAAGCAUCUGUUUGCUGACAGUUUCAUCAUAUCAACAUAAAAACUUGAUGCUGUGUCAAGACCUGAAACAACGGUCCAUCAAAAAGAACUGCAUCUGUUUUUCUAAUUCAUUAAUAAUCAGUUUUUCAAGCCAAAUUCCCAAACAUUUAAUUAGUGAAAGAUUUUCGAAUGGGAGAAAUAGCUUCCAUUUAUUUUGUCUUACAUUAAAGAAAAUGUAAUAUUUUGGGGCCUAGAGCUGUGUUAAUGUUGUCUCCUCAGAUUGUGUUUGCUACCCCCAAGUGGCCCAAAAAUUCAGUUGCUGCAGAUUUAAAAACUGGUUAAAAAGGUUUGAUAAUUUGCUGAAACAGUAGGACACUGGUUUUUAAACAUUGCUCACACAGGCAUAAGCUGUGUUUAAAACACAAUUGGUGCACUUAUGAGUUUCUGCAGCAGCAGAAUGCCGUUUAUAACUGACUCUCUAACAGACUUUAAAGGGAUAAGUUGCCAGUUUUCAACAAGAUCUGUGUGCCCGCGAUUUGAGGAGUGUGUGCAGAUAAAUGAUGUUAAGAUGCCACCCAUGCCAGCAAAAGUACGUCAGAUGCAUCUGCGGAUGUUUUGUCAUCGAUGCCUUAACACCGUUCAUCUGUGCAUGCUCCCCACACCGGUGUGACACAGACCUGGCUGAAAAUCUGCAUAAUGUUCCUUUAGUUUCUGGGAAACAGUGGCACAGAUAAGUGGAAUAAGAUAUAACAGACUUAUGCUACCUGUUGAAAGAAUCAAUUCAUAUUUAGUUUCGGUCUUUUAACAGGAUUUGUUGAAAUGAAAAAACAUAAAUAUAAAAUAUCACCCACCCUGCUCUUUAACAUUAGUACCUCAUUAGCAUCCACAGAUGCAAAAUCACGGUAUAACUUUCUUUUGUCUGUAAUAUUAUGUGAAUAUUUAUUUUCAGAAUGUGACGGCUGAUUUACUCCAUGUUUCAUCAGUUACAGCGAUCACAGUAAUGUGAUGCUGAAUGGACGACACACUUUCAUGUUUAAGGAGCUGGUAGAAACAGACUGUUUGAGGGAUCAUAUAUGGGGAACAUGUUUUUUUUUUCCUUUUUUUGUUUUUUUUUUUAAUGUCAAAACUGUCUCAGGUGUAUGUACCAGUACUUGUCAACAGGAAACAUCAAUAAAUCUUUACACUCCCUGACAAAUGAAAUUAAAAUGA